AUGCUUCCUUCUUUGGAUUUCUUUCUUUCUUUGACAGUGCUUACUUCCUCUGAUUCUUUCUUCCUUUAUUUCUUCCUUUCUUUUACACUGCUUUCUUCUUCUGGCUCUUUCUUUCUUCCUUCCUUUCUUUUACACUGCUUUCUUCUUCUGGCUCUUUCUUUCUUCCUUCCUUUCUUUUUACACUGCUUUCUUCUUCUGGCUCUUUCUUUUCUUCCUUCCUUUCUUUUACACUGCUUUCUUCUUCUGGCUCUUUCUUUCUUCCUUCCUUUCUUUUACACUGCUUUCUUCUUCUGGCUCUUUCUUUCUUCCUUCCUUUCUUUUACACUGCUUUCUUCUUCUGGCUCUUUCUUUCUUCCUUCCUUUCUUUUACACUGCUUUCUUCUUCUGGCUCUUUCUUUUUUCUUCCUUCCUUUCUUUUACACUGCUUUCUUCUUCUGGCUCUUUUCUUUCUUCCUUCCUUUCUUUUUACACUGCUUUCUUCUUCUGGCUCUUUCUUUCUUCCUUCCUUUCUUUUACACUGCUUUCUUCUUCUGGCUCUUUCUUUCUUCCUUCCUUUCUUUUACACUGCUUUCUUCUUCUGGCUCUUUCUUUCUUCCUUCCUUUCUUUUACACUGCUUUCUUCUUCUGGCUCUUUCUUUCUUCCUUCCUUUCUUUUACACUGCUUUCUUCUUCUGGCUCUUUCUUUCUUCCUUCCUUUCUUUUACACUGCUUUCUUCUUCUAAUUCUUUCUUUAUUAAUGCUUCCUUCCUCUGUUUUCUUUCUUUCUUUCUUUCUUUUAUCUACUCAUCACAUAAAGACAUGAGAAAGCAGAAAGGCUGUAAAGCCUUAGGGGAGUAUCAAUUUUAA